AUGAAGAGCCUCUUCGUGCUCGCAGCGUUGGCCGCCGCGUCGGUCGCGGCGACGCCCGACCCGACCUACUGCCCCAACAUCUUUUACCAGGCCGGCAACCUCAUUCUGCAGAGCCCAUUCCUCCUCUCGCAGGACGCCAGUGUCACCAAUGCAUGCCACUCGUGCAUUGCCAAGCUGGCGGCGCAGCAGACGUACGCACCCUUGUGUUACGUCAUCGGCAUGCCCGGCUACGACCCAGCGUACUCGAUUGCGCAGGACUGCCACUGCCUCUCGCUCGGGCUCACGGAGGCGUGUGCGCAAGCGUGUUUGCCCAACCCGAUUUGCUCGGCCAGCUCGGUGCGCUCCGAGUGCACGGCGUGCGUCGCCAAGAACGCCCC